AUGAACAAGAACAAGGAGCUCAGUGUCCCUUGCUGGGACAUGGGCUACCAGGGCCCCAUUCUGGAGCCAGACCUGGGGGAGGGGCUCAUUGAUACGGCGUUAUGGUUAAGUCUCGUGGAAACAUCUCUGAAAGGUGAGAUCUCCUUUGACCCUUGCUGUGCCUACUACCUGUGGUUCAUCAUGGACUUUUGUGAUGGAGGCGACAUGAAUGCGUACCUCCUCUCUCGAAAGCCCAGCCGUAAAACUAACACCAGCUUCAUGCUACAGCUAGGCAGCGCCCUGGCCUUCCUGCACCGGAACCAGAUCAUACACCGUGACCUCAAACCAGACAACAUUCUCAUCUCGCAGGCAUGCACACCCACCGGCUUGUCCGAGCCGAUUCUCAAAGUGGCUGACUUUGGUCUGAGCAAAGUCUGUUCCACUUCUGGGCUCAACCCUGAGGAACCAGCCAGUGUCAACAAGUGCUUCCUGUCCACGGCUUGUGGAACAGAUUUCUACAUGGCCCCUGAGGCAUGGGAAGGCCAAUACACAGCCAAGGCUGACAUCUUUGCCCUGGGAGUGAUAAUCUGGGCCAUGGUGGAGCGCAUCACCUUUGUGGAUGUGGAGACUCAGAAGGAGCUGCUGGGGAGCUAUGUGCAGCAGGGCUCAGAGAUUGUCCCUUUAGGGGAGGCUCUGUUGGAAAACCCAAAGAUGGAGCUGCUGAUCCCUGCCAGGAAAAAGAGCAUGAACAGCCACAUGAAGCAGCUGAUCAGGGAGAUGCUGUCGGCUAACCCUCAGGAACGACCCGACGCCUUCGAGCUGGAACUCAGACUGGUUCGGAUUGCAUGCAGAGAGCUGGACUGGGAUACGUGAUAAAAGGGCAAUGGGACCCACAGACUCAGCCCUUCCAGCACACGUCCAUGUUUCAUCGGUUGCUGUUAACGCAUCAAACUGUUGAAGUAAGCUGUUUGUAACUAUGGGAGGAUAAUUAGAGUAGAUGAUGGAUGUAAAAUGGUUCAUUUCCUGUCCUAGUGCAUAUGGUUCUUCUAUUAGCUGUGUCUUUAUUACUGAAAGAGAGAGGUGUGACACCCACAGCUGCUGCUGCUGCUUCAAACUGCAGCUUUGUCUCAGGCCAUCCACUUCAGACGUCGCUUCCUCCUCACAAUCACUUAUUUGAGCAUAAUGGAAGAACAAAAGAGUCAGUUUAACAUCUCGUCUCCAAAUACCAUCAUGAACUCUGUGUUAAUUGUUACUAAAUGCAAUAUGAAGCAAUGUCCUGUGAUUUUUUUAUUUUUAUUUUUUGUUCUCUCUCCAGUCACCUUAGUGUUUAUGUUGCUUUUAAAGCCAUCUGGGGCAUGGCAGAAUCUGUUGGAAAAGACUUUCAGCCUGGUCAUUAACUCCAGCAUUAUCUGCAGUAUCUCAAGCACAUGCAGUUUCACUCUAAAUGCUCAGGAAAUGAAAACAAACCGCAUGAAGAUAUUUGUAGAGAAAUACCAGUUUGAUUUAAUUUUGCUCCAUGCCAUCGGGAUAAAAUAAGAUUCAGUCUUGAUACUGGAGUGUAUAUUUGUAUCUGUUGGCACUAUUAAUUUGCAGUGAUCAAGUUUGUGAAUAAACACUAGGCAGCUGGUAAGUAUGUAUUGUUUAUCCAAAUCACUAAUUAUAAAAUGAAGAUUUUGUACCCGAUUGAAAAAAGUGCAAAAUAAGUACCAGGUAAUAUCAAAAUUUUUCAGUAAUCCCAGGUUUAUGGUGGACAUUUAGCGUAGAUGCUAGCUUUUAACCAACCAUAGUUUUUAAACCCCAUUAAAAAGUGAUUAGCAUCUUGUUCAUCACUUAUCAAAUCAAACUUUUUAAAGUUAUUGAGACAGUAAGGGUAUGAUCAUUUGAAAUAUUACAGAAAUGUUUUCAUCAGGGUUCAGUAAAAGUAAAAUCUACUGCGA